AUGGACUCUGCGACUUCAGGGGACUUCGGUUGGCUGUCCUUCCCUAAGUCAGAGCAGAAUGGUGCUGUCGACUACAACGAGGUCGUCGAGCUCCGUGAACGGCUUUCUGUCGUCGAGCAGUACCUGAGCACUCUCGCGGAUGCUCGUGAUGUGCAGGCUGUCGGCACGAGCCAUGCGAUCAGCUCGGCGCAAGUCGCAAGGAACCUGAACGUCUCUGAGGGCCCGCAGGAAGACGCGCAGGGAGGAGGGAAGGUGGAGAAACAGCUAGACUCAAAAUCUAUGGAUGGGCUGGAGGACAUGGGGGCGACGAGCGACAAUGCGUACGGUGCCUUCAUCUACUCCAGCAUGCACAACUCGAUUUUCCUGGCCUUCCAUGGUUUCGGCCUGAUGGUGAUCGUCUCGUGUAUGACACAGUCUGUGUUCACCUACUACCUAUGGAAGAUUGUGCGGCAAGAUUGUGUAAACAGCAGAGAUGCAUGGCGCUGGCAGCAACGUCAGUGUACUGCUGCAUCAUGCUCAACAGACUUCCUGGAAGCUUUCGCGGUUGCAACAUUGUCUUCCGGUGCUGUUAUGUGGAGACAGAAGGUGAAGGAAAUUAACGUCUCCUUUCCCAAGAGAUGCCUGGUGACUGAAACAUGCCUGGGGUUGCUGACCUCCCAGUUGAACUGA